UUUGACACUGUGUUGAUCCUUUUCAGUUGUAAAUCUUUCCAAAAAUAUGAGUAGGGGCCAGAGGAAACAGGAGAAGAAAAAGAUGCAUUUUAGUAGGAUUAUUGCUGGUCAAAGACCUUGGAAUGCUGUGGAAACAGUGGCAAAGCAGUUGGUACUGUGUCAAGAACAGAGAGAGAGACAUCGGGUACUGAAGCCAGGGGACCAGUUCCUUGGUGUUGCUUUGGCAUUGAUGCCUGAAGUGGGAGGAGAAAGCCGAGCCCACAAACACACAGAGCAGAGUGGGGCUCUGAGUAUAUAACUGUUAGGUGCCUCCCUCCAGCACCAUCUCCUGAGAAGCACUCUCCCUUGUCGUGGAGGUGGGCAAAUCUUUAUCAGCCACUGCCUUCUGCUGCCAGGAAGCCAGCUAGAGUGGUCUUUAAAGAAAACUGGGCAUCUCCUGCUACUUAAAAUCAAAAACUACCUAAAAUAAAGAUUAUAAAAAAGUAAGGAUGAAUGGACGGUCUUUGAUUGGCGGCGCUGGUGACGCCCGUCAUGGUCCUGUUUGGAAGGACCCUUUUGGAACUAAAGCUGGUGAAGCAGCGCGCAGAGGCAUCGCCCGGCUAAGCUUGGCCCUGGCAGAUGGGUCGCAGGAACAGGAGCCAGAGGAAGAGAUAGCCAUGGAGGACAGCCCCACUAUGGUUAGAGUGGACAGCCCCACUAUGGUUAGGGGUGAAAACCAGGUUUCGCCAUAUCAAGGGAGAAGGUGCUUCCCCAAAGCUCUUGGCUAUGUUACCGGUGACAUGAAAGAACUUGCCAACCAGCUUAAAGACAAACCUGUGGUGCUCCAGUUCAUUGACUGGAUUCUCCGGGGCAUAUCCCAAGUGGUGUUCGUCAACAACCCCAUCAGUGGAAUCCUGAUUCUGGUAGGACUUCUUGUUCAGAAUCCCUGGUGGGCUCUCACUGGCUGGCUGGGAACAGUGGUCUCCACUCUGAUGGCCCUCUUGCUCAGCCAGGACAGGUCAUUAAUAGCAUCUGGGCUCUAUGGCUACAAUGCCACCCUGGUGGGAAUACUCAUGGCUGUCUUUUCGGACAAGGGAGACUAUUUCUGGUGGCUGUUACUCCCUGUAUGUGCUAUGUCCAUGACUUGGUGUGUGGACGAGGACCUACCUGUAGAGCCAAACUCUUCAAGAGGUAAUUUGGGACCUGCUCUGAAGAAUAGGUUCAUGGGAAGGAGGCCUUGCCUCCCAAUUUUCUCAAGUGCAUUGAAUUCCAUGCUCAGCAAAUGGGACCUCCCUGUCUUCACCCUCCCUUUCAACAUGGCGUUGUCAAUGUACCUUUCAGCCACAGGACAUUACAAUCCGUUCUUUCCAGGCAAACUGGUCAUACCUGUAACUACAGCUCCAAAUAUCUCCUGGUCUGACCUCAGUGCCCUGGAGUUGUUGAAAUCUAUACCAGUGGGAGUUGGUCAGAUCUAUGGCUGUGAUAAUCCAUGGACAGGGGGCAUUUUCCUGGGAGCCAUCCUACUCUCCUCCCCACUCAUGUGCCUGCAUGCUGCCAUAGGAUCAUUGCUGGGCAUAGCAGCGGGACUCAGUCUUUCAGCCCCAUUUGAGGACAUCUACUUUGGACUCUGGGGUUUCAACAGCUCUCUGGCCUGCAUUGCAAUGGGAGGAAUGUUCAUGGCGCUCACCUGGCAAACCCACCUCCUGGCUCUUGGCUGUGCCCUGUUCACGGCCUAUCUUGGAGUCGGCAUGGCAAACUUUAUGGCUGAGGUUGGAUUGCCAGCUUGUACCUGGCCCUUCUGUUUGGCCACGCUAUUGUUCCUCAUCAUGACCACAAAAAAUUCCAACAUCUACAAGAUGCCCCUCAGUAAAGUUACUUAUCCUGAAGAAAACCGCAUCUUCUACCUGCAAGCCAAGAAAAGAAUGGUGGAAAGCCCUUUGUGAGAACAAGCCCCAUUUGCAGCCAUGGUCACGAGUCAUUUCUGCCUGACUGCUCCAGCUAACUUCCAGGGUCUCAGCAAACUGCUGUUUUUCACGAGUAUCAACUUUCAUACUGACGCGUCUGUAAUCUGUUCUUAUGCUCAUUUUGUAUUUUCCUUUCAACUCCAGGAAUAUCCUUGAGCAUAUGAGAGUCACAUCCAGGUGAUGUGCUCUGGUAUGGAAUUUGAAACCCCAAUGGGGCCUUGGCACUAAGACUGGAAUGUAUAUAAAGUCAAAGUGCUCCAACAGAAGGAGGAAGUGAAAACAAACUAUUAGUAUUUAUUGAUAUUCUUGGUGUUUAGCUGGCUCGAUGAUGUUAACAGUAUUAAAAAUUAAACCCCAUAAACCAACUAAGCCUUAUGGAAUUCACAGUCACAAAAUCGAAGUUAAUCCAGAAUUCUGUGAUAAGCAGCUUGGCUUUUUUAAAAUCAAUGCAAGUUACACAUUAUAGCCGGAAUCUAUAUCACAGAGGUACAAGCUGACAGCAGAGCUCAGUCCCCACUUCCUGCAAACAAUGGCCUGCACCCUAUCCCUUGUGUGUGUGACAUUCUCUCAUGGGACAAUGUUGGGUUUUUUCAGACUGACAGGACUGCAAGAGGGAGAAAGGAAUUUUGUCAAUCAAAAUUAUUCUGUAUUGCAACUUUUCUCAGAGAUUGCAAAGGAUUUUUUAGGUAGAGAUUAUUUUUCCUUAUGAAAAAUGAUCUGUUUUAAAUGAGAUAAAAUAGGAGAAGUUCCUGGCUUAACCUGUUCUUACAUAUUAAAGAAAAGUUACAUACUGUAUUUAUGAAAUACUCAGCUUAGGUAUUUUUACUUUAACCCCUAAAUUGAUUUUGUAAAUGCCACAAAUGCAUAGAAUUGUUACCAACCUCCAAAGGGCUCUUUAAAAUCAUAUUUUUUAUUCAUUUGAGGAUGUCUUAUAAAGACUGAAGGCAAAAGUCAGAUUGCUUACGGGUGUAUUUUUAUAAGUUGUUGAAUUUCUUAAUUUAAAAAAGCUCAUUAUUUUUUGAACACUCACAAUAUUCUCUCUCAGAAAUCAAUGGCAUUUGAACCACCAAAAGAAAUAAAGGGCUGAGUGUGGUGGCUCACGCCUGUAAUCCCAGCAUUUUGAGGAGCCCAGGCGGGCAGAUUGCUUGAACCCAGGAGUUCAAGACCAGCCUGGGCAGCAUGGUGAAACCCUGUAUCUACAAAAAAUACAAAAAUUAGCCAGGCAUGAUGGUGGGUGCCUGUAGUUCCAGCUACUUGGGAGGCUGAGGUGGGAAAAUGACUUGAGCCCAGGAGGAGGAGGCUGCAGUGAGCUAAGAUUGCACCACUGCACUCCAACCUGGGCGACAAGAGUGAAACCGUGUCUCUCAAAAAAAAAAACAAAAAAAAACAAAAACAAAACAAAACAAAACAGGUAAGGAUUCCCCUGUUUUCCUCUCUUUAAUUUUAAAGUUAUCAGUUCCGUAAAGUCUCUGUAACCAAACAUACUGAAGACAGCAACAGAAGUCACGUUCAGAGACUGGCUCACACCUGUAAUCCCAGCACUUUGGGAGAUGGAGGUAAAGGAUCUCUUGAGCCCAGGAGUUCAAGACCAGCUUGGGCAACAUAGCAAGACUCUAUCUCUUAAAAAAUAAAAAUAGUAACAUUAGCCAGGUGUGGCAGCACACAUCUGCAGCAGCUACUCAGGAGGCUGAGGUGGAAAGAUCGCUUGUGCACAGAAGUUCGAGGAUGCAGUGAGCUAUGAUCAUGUCACUGCACUCUAGCCUGUGUGACCAAGCAAGACCCUAUCUCAAAAAAAUAAUAAUAAUUAAUUAAUUAAUAUAAAAAGGAAGUCAUGUUCAUUUACCUUCCACUUCAGUGUGUAUCGUGUAGUAUUUUGGAGGUUGGAAAGUGAAACGUCAGAAUCCUGAAGAUUUUUUCCACUUCUAGUUUGCAGUGCUCAGUGCACAAUAUACAUUUUGCUGAAUGAAUAAACAGAAAUAGGGAAGUAAACCUACAAAUAUUUUAGGGAGAAGCUCACUUCUUCCUUCUCUCAGGAAACCAAGCAAGCAAACAUAUCAUUCCAAUUUUAAAACCCAGUGACCAAAGCCUUUGAAACGAUGAAUUUGCAACUGUCAUAGGUUUAUGGAUACUGCUGUGGAGAAGCUCAAUUUUCAGUGUUUGAACUGAACCCUUUCUUGUUAGGGAACGUGUGAAAGAAGAAUUGUGGGGAAAAAAAGCAAGCAUAACCAAAGAUCAUCAGCAGUGAAGAAUCUAGGCUGUGGCUGAGAGAACCAGAGGCCUCUAAAAUGGACCCGAGUCGAUCUUCAGAACGGGGAUCUACCGUGCAGGAGCUUCUUGUGCUCACACAAAUCUGUAAAUGGGAACAUUGUACAUUGUCGAAUUUAAAUGAUAUUAAUUUUCUCAAGCUAUUUUUGUUACUAUUUUCCUAAAAUUGAAUAUUUGCAGGGAGCACUUAUACUUUUUCCUAAUGUCUGUAUAACAAAUUUCUAUGCAAGUACAUGAAUAAAUUAUGCUCACAGCUCA